AUGCACCUUCACCUUAAAAACAUACAAACCAAAAAUCAAAAAAAACAAAAGGAAGAAGAGAUAAAGGAGACUGGAAGCCAGCCACAUGGUCCAAUAGACCUGACGGCAAGUGACGACCUGCUACCACCGGAGGUCAACAUAGGGGCAUCAACGAGCAGGAUCGGGGAAGCGGAGACUGUGGGAGCGCCACAUAAGGAUGUCAUCUCGGAUUCAAGCACCGUAUUUACAGCAAGUGAUGCCGCCAGUAACCAAAGAACGGCAAAAAGGAAGAAGGACUCCCCACUGACGGAGGGAGAUGAACGGAAAAAGAAGUCCUCAAAAAGGAGAAGAACAAGAACGAAGAGGAAAAUAUCGACGUCGGAUGACUCGGAGGACCCAAAAGAUACGUACGCUUCUUCCGAGGAGUUGGAAAAUGUGGAGAAGACUACUGGCAAAACAGCAAAAUCCAGUCAGGCCCAAACGAAGGUAAUAGUCAUAAAGGACGAGGAAUGGGAUAGCAUGGACGUUACGAGACUAGGCAGCGUCGGCUGCGAGAAUAUAAACCGAGCGGAAAGGUUAAAAAAUGUAUCCAAAAAUAUACAGGGACCAAUAAGAGGUCAAAUGAGAGACUCUCUAGCCAACGCGGGAAAAGCCAUACAGGCGCUGGUUAAGAGAGCGAGGACACAGGGAGAUACCAAAUACCUCGAGAUGAGGAACGUCGAGCUCGCGGCCCAAGUGGCUAGCCUUAAAAGAAAUGAGGAAAUAAGAAAGCAAGAGGUGGCUGCGCUGGAAAGGGAGGUUCGUGAGCUAAAAAUGGAGCUCAAAGGGCUCAAAAAUCAAAUGAGCAGGCAGAUUAUGCAAGCCUCAGAGACGGGAACAGACGCGGCAACAGAGGCGACAACCUGGAGACAACACCUCAGGAGGAAACAAGUGAGAAUUGCAUCGGUUGACAGCAUGAGCUCGCGGGCUGGCGGCAAUGAUGACUACGAACGGGAAGAGGCCACCAGUGUGACAACGGACCCGGAGGAAGAAAUGGACGAAAGAAGAAGCCAAUUGAACGACAUUAAUAAAGAAAUCAAGAAGCUGGUAGGACAAAGGAACCAACUUAAAACAGUGUCGGGUAAAAGCAAGGAUCCUAAAGGGAAAAACAGAAGGGCCAACAACACAGCCGGGAGGGACAAACCAAGAAUUAUCUCGGACGUACAAGUAGCGCCACCUAGAAGUGAACAAAGACACGAGGAUGGUGACUGGAAGCCGGUGGAACGUAGUCACAGGAGGAAAACACCAGGAACGGAUAAGACUAGAGGACGAGAUACGAAGGAAGACACGAAUAACGACAGGAAAGGAAGACGUAGACCACCGAGAACGGCUGCGGUUUCCAUCACAGGGAAGGGCGAGGGUUUCUCGUAUGCGGAAGCUCUGAAGAAAGCCAGAAGUGGCAUAGCCCUGGCCACUAUGGGGAUAGAGAGAUCUCGAAUUAGGAAAUCGGCAAAUGGAGGGGUCCUGAUCGAGAUACCGGGGCCGGAAGGCUCCUCCAAAGCCGACGCAUUGGCCGAUAAAUUAAAGGAAGUCCUGGAGGAUGUAAUUAUUGGUAGGCCUACAAUAAAAGGCGAAAUGCUACUGAUAGGACUGGACGACUCCGUAACGCCGGAGGAAGUCAUGGAUGUGAUAGCAGAAAUGGGAUCAUGUCGAAAAGAUGAAGUUAAAGUCGGGCAAAUCAGACCCAUGAGAAACGGACUUGGGACAAUAUGGGUCCAAUGCCCACUGGCGGUGGCGGCACCUCUCUCAUCAAGCGGCAAAAUAAGAAUAGGAUGGUCCUCGGUAAGGGUAGUGCUAUUAGAGAAACGCCCAAUACAAUGCUAUCGUUGCUGGCACUUUGGCCACAUGAGGGCAAAAUGUGAUGGAAAAAUAGAUAGAACUGGGGCCUGCUUCAAGUGCGGACAGAAUGGACACCCGGCAAGACAGUGUGGAAAUGAGGCAAAUUGCCCGGUUUGCAAAGAUGACGGGUGCGAGUCUAAUAAUAGUUGGAACGCUCUAGAUUUACUGAAACAGCAUGCACGAGAAGAGAGCGUUGAUGUAUCGAUCGUUUCCGAACCACCGGCAAACGUGAAUAAGGGAGACUGCGUCACUAGCGCCAAUGGAAUGGCAGCUAUACACUGCUACAGUGGGAUAAGUUUUAACCUAAUAACUAGAGACAAUAAUUUUAUUUUAGUUAAAACCGGAAAUCUUUUAAUCGCGUCGGUGUAUAUAUCUCCGAAUAUAGACUUUAAUUAUUUUAACGACGUACUGUAUAAAAUUCAAAAUGCAAUCGGCAACUACCGAACACCACUAAUCAUAGGAGGCGACUUCAACGCACACUCGGUGCUGUGGGGAGCGACAAGGACGAAUAGAAGAGGACGAGCGUUGGCGGAUUGGGCCGCAGAGCUAAAUCUGUGUCUUAGUAAUAAAGGAAAAGAGCCUACGUGCGUCAGACACACAGGCUCCUCGAUAGUGGAUCUAACUUGGUCUACGCCGGAUAUCGCAGGCAAAAUUUUGAAUUGGAAGGUCCUUAAGGAGGUCGAAACACUCUCGGACCAUAUGUACAUUACGUACGAGGUAGCGUCGCGGGAUAACAACCCACCGCGGGAGACAAAAUCGAGGGUACGGUGGAAUUGUGACAAACUUGACCAGGAAUUCUUCGAAAAGUCACUAGAAUGGAGCUGCUCAAUAGGACCGACCGGAGAGGACCUAGAAUCAGACGAUGGCCCGGCAUUAUGGCUACGCAGAGUCAUGACCGAGGCGUGCGAAGCGGCUGCCCCUAGAAUACCCAAAAGGAUAAAAAAACGGUACGUACACUGGUGGAGCAGUGAGAUCGAGGAGCUAAGAACGGAAUGCAUAAGGGCAAGAAGAAACUGGACGAGAGCCAAAAGAAGAAGAGACGAACCGAACGAGAGGGAGCUUGCCGUGACUUACCGGAAUACCAGAAACAGGCUUAGACAAGAGAUAAAUAAAGCUAAAAAUCAGGCCUGGGCGAACUUGGUGAACGAGGUGGAAAAGGACCCAUGGGGACUACCGUAUAAGUUAGUAUUGAAUAAGCUUAGAAGGGCGGACACAAGCCUAGCUGAGAAAAUGGACCAUGGAGAGAUGGACGCCUUGAUGGACACGUUGUUCCCCAGGGCGAGAGCGCCCCGGAAAUUAGAUUGGCACGCCCUUGGGUAUAGGUGGGAGGAAGACAUGGCAGUCACCCCACUCGAGGUACUCAAUGCAAUUAAGAGCAGAAAGAGGACAAAUACUGCGCCUGGCCCGGAUGGAAUUUCCAUAAAAUUCUGGAAAAAAGCACCAGCGUGCCUUAUCGCCAAGAUGGCGGAGUGCUUCACGGCUUGCCUCAAGAACGGCGCAUUUCCUAAACCAUGGAAAAGAGCCAAUUUAGUGCUUAUCCCGAAAGGAGAACCAGAGGUAGGCAGGCAAAUUAAAGCAAGACCAAUAUGCCUAUUGGAUGACGCGUCAAAGCUCUUUGAGAAAAUCAUUGCGGAUAGAAUACAAGAGUUCAUUCGGGAUAAAGGUUAUGCGAACUACUCGGAGAAUCAAUUCGGAUUUCGCAAAGCCAGGUCUACAACGGACGCUAUCCUGGCGGUAAAGGAGACCAUCCAGGCAGCCAACAGACGGGGUAAAAAGGUGAUGGCAGUAUCGUUGGAUAUCAAAAAUGCUUUUAAUUCCGUACUAUGGAAAGCUAUAAAAGACAUGUUAAAGAGAAAGAAAAUACCGAAAUAUAUACGUAGGAUUAUCCGCGCAUACCUUUCGGACAGAAGCAUCACCUACACAGACAACCAGGGUAGCACGGCCCAAAGAGCUGUCGAAGCUGGAGUACCGCAAGGUUCAAUACUGGGGCCAAUAUUGUGGAACCUGACAUACGACCUGAUCCUUAAGCAAAGACUUCCACCAGAAUAUAAAACCUUUGGAUUCGCGGACGACACAAUGGUAGUGGCGGAGGGAGAUGAUCCACAUGAGCUGUGUUUUGGAGCCGAGGACGCGGUGAGACUUAUUAAGGAACGCCUUGACACAAUGGGCCUCUCACUAGCGGCGGAGAAGACGGAAAUAAUUACAUUCCCAAAAACGCGUACAAACAACGUAAAUAUCGGGGGUAGUAUGGUUAGAGUGGGCGAUGGCUUGAAGUAUCUAGGAGUAAUGAUCGAUACUACAUGGUACUUUAAAACUCAUCUCAAUUACGCAGCCGACAAGGCUCUUAGAGUUAGUAGAGCGUUACAUAGAAUAAUGCCUAAUUUGAGGGGCCCCAGCGAACCCAAGAGGAAGCUGUAUUAUAACGUCAUUCUGUCUAUUUUGCUGUACGCAUCGCCGGUCUGGGGGGACUCAUACCUGAAAAAUAAAAACCUCCAACCUAUCCUUAGGAGAGCUCAGAGGUCAAUAGCGCUGCGGGUGGUGGCCGCGUACAGAACGGUGUCCCUGGACGCGGCGACUCUGUUGGCGCGAGUUCCACCGAUGGACAUCCUGAUUAGGGAAAGGGACAGAUAUUAUAAAGCUAUCAGAGAUAUGCGCGCGGCGGGAACAUGGUCGGUAGCGGCCGUAAACGACUUUAGGGUCGCAAACGCCAUCCAGACAAGGACGGAAUGGGAGGCUCACUUAGAGCAGUUCAACGUGGCGGGAGCCAGGACAAGGACGGCCAUUCUUCCCUCCCUGGAUCGUUGGAUGAGCAGAACCCACGGAUGA